UUAGGUAGUAGAAGAUGUUGGAAGGUCUGCUUGUGUCCUACCCCUACGCCUACCUAGUGCCCCACCACCCCACGUGUAACCUUUUCAUUGUUUCAGUUUCUUAACAUCCUCUGAGAUUUGUGGCUGUCUGCAACUCCAACCAUCUCCAAAGUUUCACAAUUUGCUCUUCAAUGUAAUCUCACUUUGGGGCACGAAGUAGAAGAUAAGAAAUUAAAGGGUUUAUCAAGGGCUUUUGUUUCAGUCUUCAGCCUCUCUCUCUCUCUCUCUGUGCUUCCGCUGCAAGCAAAGCUGGUGGUUGGAGCAGUGCGCACCAACAUUCUGAUAUCUAGGCUCUGCGUCUCUCUGACAUGCGCCAUUUGAUCGUAGCCCUUCACUUGCGGUCAUGACUCUCGAAGCCCGACCCAAGUUCCGCCGUGCCUCCUCCACCUGCCACCGUCACCCGGCGGAACCCGUAACCGGCAUCUGCGCUUCCUGCUUGCGCGACCGCCUCUCCCGCGUCGAUCCCGCUGCUCGCGGUGAAAGCUCCGCCGCCAGCACAGCCAUCAAGGGUGGAGUUCCCGGGACUAGUAAACGAAAUGACGAGGCGUCCUCCUCUCCGCCCGAACUCCGCCGGAGCAAGUCUCUCUCCGUCGGCGGAAAGUGCGAGGGUUCAUCAGAGCCGCGCCGAAGAUCUUGCGAUGUUAGGGCUCGGCAUACGCUGUGGCACCUUUUCAAUCUCGAUGACGAGACUAGGGAUUUAGGGAAUUUGGGGUUUUCGGGGGAUGCGGGGACGAUUGUUGAAUCGAAAGCGGAGGAUGAGAGGGGAGAGGAAAUUAAUAAAAUUAGGGUUUCUGAGGCUGUUCUUGUGCGGGAUGCGGAUGUUGAAGAUGUUGAAGAGGAGGUAGAACCAAAAACCAUGAGAGAACACAUAGAUCUGGAGUGGCAGAAUAUGAAGCAUUCGGGGAGGGAUUUGAAGGACAUUGCAGGGAGUUUUUGGGUUGCAGCUUCCGUUUUCAGCAAGAAAUUGGGGAAAUGGCAGCAAAGGCAGAAGAUGAAGAAGCUCCGCCGUGGCUGUGGUGGUGACGGCGGUGGUUCGGUGCCAAUGCAGGUGGAGAAACCGAGUCGUGGGCAGUUGAGGGAUACACAAUCCGAAGUUGGUGAUUACGGAUUCGGGCGGAGAUCUUGUGACACUGAUCCCAGGUUCUCAGUUGAUGCUGGUUUUGAUGAGCCCAGAGCUUCUUGGGAUGGGUAUUUGAUUGGGAGGCCAAUUCAACGGCUUCCUCCGGUAGCUACGGUUGUUGAAAAUGGGAGUGCUCCUGUUCAAGGGUUAGAUAAUCGUGUAGAGGAGAGAAAGAGAUCAACAGAUGGGGAUGAGAAAAUUCCUGGUCGGUGUUCAGUGCGGAGACAAAGGAGAAGUUUUGAUUGGUCGCGAUCGAAUAGGAAAAUACCUGUAGUGGAAGGUGAUGAGAUGAAAUUAGAAUCGAAUGCAAGGGUGUCUCCUGCAACGGUUGACUUAUUCCAUGGGACGAAACUGCUAGUAAUGAAUGAUGGUUUAAGAAGUUUAAACUCGAACUCUCCACAUCACAGUUGCUCAGAGGGAUUUGAAUCUGCUUCUGGGGAUUCUGCUUCUGUUGUAAACAGUGGCAAUGGAAAGGAGUUCAAGAAGCCCCGGAGGUGGCAAAAAGCAUGGAAUGUUUGGGGAUUGAUGCAUAGGCACAAAUUUAGAGAUGAGGAAAGGUGUUACCGAGGAAAUGAAGCUGGUAACUCAAUAGGGGAGUCGUGGGUAAACCUAGGAAGGGGGUACAAUAGCGAAUCAGAAAGGGGUUGUAAUGGAAUGCUUGUCCGCAGUAGGAGUUGUGUUGGCUCACAAACUUUCUGCAGCUUGAGCAGUGAUGGUGAGAGUCGUGAGAUUAGAAGUCACAGUAAGAAGAGGAGAGAGUUUGUGCUGGAUCGAAACCAGACUGUUAGGCAAUCUGCCUCUGAUCUUGAUAAUGGACUUUUACGGUUCUACCUUACGCCACUGAGGAGCUAUAGGAAGAGCAAAUCAGGAAAGAGUAGGCUAAAGGAUUCGCGUUCGAUACUGAGGAGCAUAUUGCGGUUGUACUGAAUUAAAGGUGCACCAAAUUUUCAUCAAUGGAGCAUAAUGUAAAGGCUUGUUAUUCAGUUGAAUGCACUUCUUGUUAUUUCCCUUUCUGUGCUUACUAAACUUUUUAAAUUGUGCCAUAAGAGAAAUUUUAACUCAUUUAUUGCUGUUGUUGAUGAUGAAAACUAUAUGUAGCUUCCCAAAAGCCAAAAAUGAAAUAAUCUGAGAAGUGAUAAUGAAAAUUUGUUUGCA